UUUCUAAGUCAGGAAGAGAAAGUCCAGACCUGGCCAAUUGGAGGCGGAAUUGCAGAAGACAGGCGGAAGGAGAACUUCGUCCCAAGGGUGUUGCUGCUAAAGAUUUCUGGCCUAAAUGAAGCAUCUGACACCCCUCACCCUUCUUGCCUGUGGCUCCUUUAAUCCCAUAACAAAUAUGCACUUGCGUUUGUUUGAACUAGCAAGAGAUCACCUGCAUCAAACAGGAAAGUACCAAGUGAUUGGAGGUAUAAUUUCACCAGUUAACGAUGAUUAUGGAAAGCAAGGAUUAGUGGCAGCAAAGCAUCGAGUAGCAAUGGCUCAUCUUGCACUUGAGACUUCAGAUUGGAUCAGAGUGGAUCCUUGGGAGAGUCAACAGAGACAGUGGAUUGAGACCAUAGCAGUUCUCAGGCACCAUUACAAAGAACUGCUUAAAUCACACCAUAUCAGGAAACUGCCUGGGGAAAACAAUCAGCCCAUAGAAAAAGCUGCUGGGCCAUCAUUCCCUUCAUCACUCACAGGUGUCCCAGAGUUGAAACUUCUUUGUGGAGCUGAUUUUCUGAAGACAUUUCAAGUGCCUGAUCUUUGGAAAGAAGAACACAUUUUAGAAAUAGUGGACAAGUUUGGGCUGGUGUGCAUUAGUCGUGCUGGCAGUGAUUCUUCUCAGUGUAUAUCAGAAUCAGAGGUUUUGAGCCGUUACCAACACAAUAUCCACUUGGUGAGAGAGUGGAUCCAGAAUGAAAUCAGUGCCACCAGUAUAAGACAGGCCUUAUGUAAAGGGCAGAGUGUAAAAUAUCUGGUUCCAGACUCAGUUAUUUCCUACAUUAAGCAACACACUAUAUAUACCGAGGAAACAGAACGGAGAAAUGAAGGGGAUUUGCUGCAACCUCUUAAGCGAUACAGUACUGUGCUCAGCUCUUUGAACGACUGAAGGUUCUGCUUUAGCAAAGUUACUCACUUCAACAGAGAAAUAAAUCAAAUACUUUUAUCUAUAAGGGAAAAA